AUGACGGUUUGUACCGAUUCUCAUGGAUUGGCACAAUCGAAGUUUGCCUUUAUGGGUGAGGGUUACAUGAAAAAGGUUCGAGAUACUUUGAAUUCUUUGAGGCAAAUCUACCUAAUGGAAUUAGCUCUCUAUGCUGAUACUAUCACUGUAGACUAUGACCUAUGGAGGCAACGACGAGUGAAGAGUCAAGUAACCCCAUCGAUUGAUGAAGCUUGCCAGAAUCCGUUCUUAGAAAAAAUCCCAUCCGAGUUAGAAAUUGCAAAACAUAAAUUUGAACGUGAAAAAGCCAAACUGUUGCAAGAUAUUAGUUCUCUCCAAGAGGAGAACUACCAGCUGAAGAUUGAUGUCGAAAUUGAAAAAUCCAGAACCGAAAAAGUCCAAAAAGAGGUUGAAGUUACAAGAAAGGAUUUAAGGGACCUUCAUUUGGAAAACAAGAAAUUAAGGGGCACUAUAAGAAAUAGUGGAUUGGGCAAAGCAUCAGCAGAAUGGAAGGAGGAAUUAAGCAAUAUCAAAGGUGGGAUGGAAUUCUGGAAAGCCAAGUCUGAGCAUCAAGAGCUAAAAGGAAAAAUUCGAAGUCUAGAAAGUACACUGCAAGCUCAUCAGCAACAUUUGGAUGACCUCUUGAGAGCUUUAGAAGAGAAGAAUGGCCAGCAUGACAGAGAUGUUCGCGCCUAUAAAAGAGCCCUCCAAGAAAAGGAUAUGCAUAUCGGCAAUUUGAUCAAUGAAAUUCGUAGGGCGGCUGCGCAUGUAGUACAUUUGUCAGAUGAAGCGGAAGUUCUCAGUUGCCAAUACCCUCCAAGCCAAAGAUCAAGCAUAUCGGAGUUCCUGGAACGUAUAAAGAAGCAAUGCGAUGUGGCUAAGAAGACGCGCUUAAGAGCUAGAACUAUGGAUGCCGAACUCAAUGAAAGGAUGGAAAGGAUGGAAAGAAACCAAAGAGAGUUGCAGGAGCAACUGGCCAAGUCGCAGCAAGAGGCAAGAGAUUUGAUGGUGAGAUCUCGAGAGGAAUCGCUAGAGCAAAGGGAUCAAAUGGCCAAAAUGAUGGAAAUGAUGACGGCCUUGGUCAAAUGA